GUGACAAGUGCGCCUCAGAGGAGCCAUCCCAUCCCAUCAACAUUCCCGCAGUCCUAGGACCACUUUACUCUCCCAUCCUUAUAACUGUCACCUGGGCUGGCAGGACGCUUUUCAUACCCCGUACCCAUUGCCUCUGCUGUGGACCUCGGAAUACAAGCCAGCACUUGAGAUCGACAGACAGAGCAUCCCUUUUCGUCACCUCAAUAUCGACCGCAAGUUGCUUGCGUCCCACAAUUUGCCAUUUCCCUCCCACAACUUGUGACAAUUUGUGAUUACCAUCAGCAACAAAACCCAACCCAGCCGAACUCCGACCCGGACCAGAAAACUCAGGAGCGGUCUUUAUUUGUCCUUUCUCACCAUAAGCAACCCAUCCGAGUCCACUCGCCCCCUCCCGGCGGAAUUGUGAUAUCGGCACCGAGACGGCCACAGGUCCAAUCACACCAAAGUGCGCAGUAAUUUUUACCUCGCCCACUCGCUCACUCGCUCACCCACGCAGCCGCACCACACCCACAUGCUAUUAUUCCACUCAUUGACUCACUCACUUACACUCACACACCCUCCCUCCAACAACCCCGGGUUCCCGACUCCACGGUGAGGCUGGCUUGGCACUUCGCGUAGCGCUAUAUACGGCCAAGUGGGGAGGGAAAGACGGCCGGCCUAGUCCGACUGCAUCCUUGCAGUCCACAUCGGACUGAACAUGGCGCCGUCAAGACAGUCUUCAAGACCGUCCCUGAGGAAGACCUCAAGCGUGGCCAGCUAUGAUAGGGACAUGCAACCAGCAGACCCUCUGGCGAGGGUCACCAGCAUGGCCUCGGAGAGGGAGAAUGUCCAGGAGGAGAAGGAAAUCGCCGAGGCCGCAAUGCAGGGCCGAGGCGUCGACCGCGACCAUGACGAUUAUGACGAUGCCGGCGAGGCAAUGGAUGACUACCAUUCCGAGAGCGACAGCAACAACGAAAAGGAGAAGGCAGCGGCCACCACCGAGACCCGCCAGGAGUUCCACCGCACCAGGAGUUAUGCCACCGACGCCAGCGCCACCACCCAGGCCACAAGCCAUCACCUGGCAGACGAGAACCAGGCCAAGAGGCCGUGGUACAGGAAGGUCAACCCCCUGAGAUGGGGCAAGGUGCCGCCGGUGCCAGACGAGCGCGAGGUGUCGCGGGAGCACAACGCCGGCUUCUUCAGCCAGCUCUUCUUCGCCUGGCAGGGCGGCCUGAUGCAGACCGGCUACAAGCGCCCGCUCCAGCAGAACGACAUAUGGGCCGUGAACCCGGACCGCAGCGUCAUCAAGAUGUCCGAGGACCUCAACGCCUCAUUCAAGAGGCGCAGCGCCGCCGGCCAGAAGUACCCGCUGCUGCGCGCCCUGCACGAGGUCUACCACUUUGAGUUCUACCUCAGCGGCGCCUGCCAGCUCUCGUCCACCAUCAUGCAGGUCAUGUCGCCCUUCACCCUGCGCUACCUGAUCCAGUUCGCCACCGAGGCCUACCUGGCGCAGACCACCGGCAGCCCGGCGCCCAACAUCGGCAGGGGGCUGGGUCUGGUCUUUGGUGUCACCGCCAUGCAGGUCCUCCAGAGUCUGGGGACCAACCACUUCAUCUACAGGGGCAUGCUGAUCGGCGGCAUGUCCAGGGCCGCUCUCAUCAGCCUGAUCUACGAGAAGUCCAUGGUCGUGUCUGGCCGCGCAAAAGCGGGCGGCAGGUCACUCACCGACAACCCCGAGGCGGAGACGGCCAACAACGGAGACGAAAAAGCCGGCGGGAAGAAGGGGAAGAAGAGCAACAAGGACAAGAAACAGGCCGAUGCUCAGCCCAAGGCCGGUGUCCUGGGAGACGGUGUCGGCUGGGGCAACGGCCGGGUGGUCAGUCUUAUGAGCGUCGACACUUACCGUAUCGACCAGGCCUGCGGUCUCUUCCACCUCAUCUGGACGGCACCCCUUUCCCUGCUCAUCACGCUCGCCCUGCUGCUCGUCAACCUGACGUACAGCGCCCUCUCUGGUUUCGCCCUGCUGGUCAUCGGCAUGCCCCUCCUCACCAGGGCCAUCAAGAGCCUGUUCCGCCGGCGUAUGCUGAUCAACAAGGUGACCGACCAGCGCGUGUCCCUGACGCAGGAGAUCCUGCAGUCGGUGCGUUUCGUCAAGUACUUCGGGUGGGAGAGCUCUUUCCUGGGGCGUCUGGCCGAGCUGCGCGGCAAGGAGAUCGGCAUGAUCCAGCGGCUCAUGUCUCUGCGAAACGCCAUCAUGGCCGUCUCCCUCUCGCUGCCCAUCUUCGCCUCGAUGCUGUCCUUCAUCACAUACACCCUCUCCCACCAUGACCUUGCCCCCGCAGAGGUCUUCUCCUCCCUGGCUCUCUUCAACGGCCUCCGCAUGCCCCUCAACCUGCUCCCGCUCGUCAUCGGCCAAACCACCGACGCCUGGAACUCGCUCAAGCGUAUCGAGGAGUAUCUCCUGCUCGAGGAGCAGGCCGACGAGGCCACGUUCAAGGCCGACGCCCCGAACGCCGUUGAGAUGCACGACGCCAGCUUCACUUGGGAGCGCACCCCGACGCAGGAGAACGGCCCCAGCCCCAGGGGCGGGAAGACACCGGGCGGUGGCAAAAAGGCCCCUGCCCCAGUCAAGGAGAAGGGCUCGCCGCAGGUCACUGCUGAGGUGGACGACAACGGUAGCACCCUCGUGGAGGAGCGCGAGCCGUUCAAGCUCCACGACAUCGGCUUCGAGAUCGGCCGCAACGAGCUGGUUGCCGUCAUCGGCACCGUGGGCAGCGGCAAGACAUCGCUGCUUGCCGCGCUGGCUGGUGAUAUGCGGAAGACGAGCGGUGAGGUCGUGCUGGGUGCUUCGAGGGCCUUUUGCCCGCAGUACGCGUGGAUUCAGAACACUACUGUGAAGGACAACAUUUUGUUCGGAAAGGAUAUGGAUCGGUCGUGGUACAAGGAGGUCAUCAAAGCCUGCGCUUUACAGCCCGACCUGGACAUGCUCCCCAACGGUGACGCGACCGAGAUUGGCGAGAGAGGAAUCACUAUCUCGGGCGGCCAGAAGCAGCGGUUGAACAUCGCACGCGCAAUCUACUUCGAUGCCGAUAUCAUCCUCAUGGACGACCCGCUCAGUGCAGUUGACGCCCACGUGGGCCGCCAUAUUUUCGAUAAUGCGAUCCUGGGCCUUCUCAAGGACAAGUGUCGUAUCCUAGCGACUCACCAGCUGUGGGUUCUCAACCGUUGUGACCGGAUCAUCUGGAUGGACCAAGGCCGCAUCCAGGCUAUCGACACCUUUGACAACCUCAUGAAGCAGCACGUCGGCUUCCAGCAGCUCAUGGAGUCGACGGCGGUGGAGGAGAAGGAGGAGGGCGCCGAGGUGGCCCAGAUGCCAGAUGCCAAUGAGGCCAAGGGCAAGAAGAAGAAGGGCAAGAGCAUGAUGCAGGCCGAAGAGCGAGCCGUGGCCAGCGUUCCAUGGUCCGUAUAUGGGGACUACGUCCGCGCGUCGGGAUCGCUGUUUAAUGCGUUCCUGAUCUUCGCGCUGCUCGUCAUAUCGCAGGGCGCCAACAUCAUGACCAGCCUCUGGCUGUCGUGGUGGACCUCCAACCAGUACAACCUCUCAAUGGGGCAGUACAUCGGCAUCUACGCCGGCCUGGGCGCGGUGCAGGCCAUCCUGAUGUUCAGCUUCAUGGUCACCCUCACAAUAGUCGGCACAUCUGCCUCGAGGACUAUGCUGCGCGAUGCCAUCACGCGGGUCCUCCGCGCCCCGAUGUCCUUUUUCGAUACCACGCCGCUUGGCCGGAUCACGAACCGCUUCUCGCGGGACGUCGAUGUCAUGGACAACAACCUGUCUGACGCGAUGAGGAUGUACUUCUUCUCCGUAGCGGCCAUCCUGUCGACCUUUGCGCUCAUCAUCGCCUACUUCCACUACUUCGCCAUCGCGCUGGUGCCGCUCUUCUUCCUGUUCCUCUUCGCGACCGGCUACUACCGCAGCUCGGCGCGUGAGGUCAAGCGGUUCGAGUCGGUCUUCCGUUCGACCGUCUUUGCCAAGUUCGGCGAGGGCCUGUCUGGGGUUUCCUCGAUCCGGGCGUACGGUCUGAAGGACCGCUUCAUCACCGACCUGCGCAACGCCAUCGAUGAGAUGAAUGCCGCGUACUACCUGACUUUCAGCAACCAGCGCUGGUUGUCGGUGCGUCUUGACGCUAUUGGAAAUGCACUGGUCUUCACGACUGGUAUCCUCGUCGUCACGGAGCGGUUCAACGUGCAGCCCUCCAUCGCUGGUCUUGUGCUGUCGUACAUACUCGCCAUCGUGCAGAUGAUCCAGUUUACGGUGCGUCAGCUCGCCGAGGUCGAGAAUGGCAUGAACGCGGUGGAGCGGCUGCGCUACUACGGAACGCAGCUGGAGGAGGAGGCCCCGCUGCACACGAUCGAGGUGCGGCCCUCGUGGCCCGAGAAGGGCGAGAUCAUCUUCGACAACGUCGAGAUGUGCUACCGCGAAGGCCUUCCGCUCGUGCUCAAAGGGCUAGACAUCCACGUCCGGGGCGGGGAGCGCAUCGGCAUUGUCGGUCGCACGGGCGCGGGCAAGAGCUCCAUCAUGAGCACGCUGUUCCGGCUGGUCGAGAUCUCGUCCGGGAGCAUCACCAUCGAUGGCGUCGACAUCUCCACCAUCGGGCUCAACGACCUCCGCCGGCGCCUCGCCAUCAUCCCGCAGGACCCGACCCUCUUCCGCGGCACCGUCCGCAGCAACCUCGACCCCUUCAACGAGCACGACGACCUCAAGCUGUGGUCGGCGCUGCGGCAGGCGGACCUGGUGCCCAGCGACGGCGGCAACAACCCGGACCGGCAGGCCACCGACUCGCCGACCACCAAGGACCCGUCGCGGAUCCACCUCGACAGCGUGGUGGAGGAGGACGGGCUCAACUUCUCGCUCGGGCAGCGCCAGCUGAUGGCGCUCGCCCGCGCGCUCGUGCGCGGCAGCCAGAUCAUCGUGUGCGACGAGGCGACCAGCUCCGUGGACAUGGAGACGGACGACAAGAUCCAGGCGACCAUCGCGUCGGGGUUCCGGGGCAAGACGCUGCUGUGCAUCGCGCACCGCCUGCGGACCAUCAUCGGCUACGACCGCAUCUGCGUCAUGGACGCGGGCCGCAUCGCCGAGCUGGGCCCGCCGCUCGAGCUCUGGGGCAUCGAGGGCGGCAUCUUCCGGGGCAUGUGUGAGCGGAGCGGGAUCCGGCUCGACGACAUCCGGGGCGCCAAGGAGGGCAUCAUGGCUGCUGAGGCCGAGGGGGAGGGCGCCGGUGUGGGCAGGGUGAGGAGCUGGGACGAUGAGGCGAGGGGUGGCGAGAAGGCCUGAUUUGGGUGAGCUGUGGCAUAUAUAUAUAUAUAUACCCAGCAGAACACGUAUAUUACCUAGUAAUAGUCUCCAUCAUCUUCAAAGCGGGUCUGCGGACAGGAUUCAUUGUCUUGGCUGGUAUUGCAUGUAUGCAUGGUUCUGAUUGAUUCCUUGUUUUUUUCCCCAUCUUGUCGAGUUAUAUAAUCGGGCUUGGAAAAUCGAUCUAUGAAGCAUGGGAGAAAACGGUAGACGUUGAUGACGUUACAUAGACUCUCUUCGCUGAGAAUGAAUAUCACUGAGCACAUAAG